AUGUUGACGGCUAUCUAUGGGAGUCCUCAGAGAUUGAUGCGUAAGUCGCUUUGGGAUAAUCUUCGAGAUCUUCGGAAUUCUGUUGAUCUUCCUUGGUGCACCAUUGGCGAUUUUAAUGCCAUCUUACACAGUUAUGAAAAAAGGGGAGGAGCUCCUUCUCAAAGUGGCGAUGCUUGCCCUGAUUUUAUAUCUUGCGUCUCAGAUGUAGGCCUUUUGGAUUUGGGUUUCUCUGGCUUUCCCUUUACCUGGAAAAGAGGUAACUUGUUUGAACGCCUGGAUAGAGCUCUUAGUGAUAUUGACUGGCAAAUUAAAUUUCCUGAAGCUUCCAUCAAACAUUUACCUUCCUUAAAGUCCGACCACUCUCCCAUUUACCUUCAACUGUCUCCUGUCGCUCUCCCCAACAGGAGAAGACGUCCUUUUCGCUUCUUGGCAGCUUGGUUAAAUCAUCCAGAGUUUGAUAAUUUGGUCUCAAAUAACUGGAGGGUCCAAGAAUCUUGGAGUAAUGGUGUUGAGAAUUUCAAAAGCUCUCUUAAGACGUGGAAUUCUGAGGUUUUUGGAGAUAUUAACAGAAAAAGUCAAGGAUUCUUAGAAGACUUCAGGGUAUAA